AUGAAAAAAGAAGGUCGACGUUAUUCCUCCGCACGCGAUCGUUUGCGUAAUGAUGAUUUCAUCGCAUUUUGGCUCACAUCUAAUCAGCAACCUGGGUAUGUGCCGGCAGCGAAUCAAGCUCCUAGAGCUGUACACUUCAAAUCGAAGGAUUCAAUCGCUGACUCAUCAGAUACAUCUUCAACUGACAGCAGUUUAACUGAAAAACCGAAAUAUCUCAAUGGAGGUUGUAAUUUUCGGAAAUCGAUAAGCAUACUACCUGCUGUGCUUAUAUAUUUCUUAUAUCCUUUUUGUAGAUAUGGCUGGAUUGUGGUCGGGUUCAGUUUUGUCCUUCAUUUUAUUGCUGACGGUCUGUCAUUCAGUUUCGGUGUAUUAUUUCCCAAAAUUCAAGAGCGAUUUGGGGCAAAGCGUUUUGGAGCAAGUUCUGUGGCGUCCUUAUUCCUUUCUCUUCCAUUACUAUUGGGACCAAUUGCUGGCUUCAUUACUGACGUCUGCGAUUGCAAGUGGGUUAAUUUUUUUUUGGAAAAUAGAUUAAGGACAAUUUUGAUUGGGGGAAUCUUCUGCUGUGCUGGAGCGGUGACGUCGUAUUUUUGUCAGUCAAUUUUGAUGUUUACCUUGUGUUUUGGAGGAUUAAUAGGAGUAGGACUUUCAUUAGUCUACAAUGCUGCCAUCGUCAUUGUCACGUAUAAUUUUGAACUGAGAAGAGGUGUAGCCACGGCUUUAGCAGUUUCUGGUACUGGUGUUGGAACGAUAGUGUUUCCAUUUGUGCCGGAAACAGGUACUGAUAUUGGUCCAGCAAUCAUAGCAAUUUCGCUCGUUCUCUCUAUUAUCAUAUUUAUUGGACUAAUAGUUAGAGAUGUGGAAUGGCAAAGUGAUACACCAGAGUAUAAGAUGAAAGUGUUCCAUAGGAGGUUGAAGAAAUUGCGAGAAGACGAAGAAAGCAUGAAAAAUCAAGAAUGUGGUCGAAUGUAUCAAGAUGUGGAACCUCGUCGCGCUUGUUCUCUGCCAUCAAUGCCAUCAUAUUUCAGACCGUUUAUGAAUAAGCUAGAUUUCAAUGUCGAGGAAGUUAAAGAUGCUGUGACGACUCUUCAAGAUCAUCCAACACGAUCACGAUCUGUAGGAACGUUUAUGAACCGACAACAAACGGUAGACUUGCCUCCAGUUCCUGAAUUUUCCUUACUGGGGGGUCAACUCAAGCAUCUCGAACAUCUUAACUUACAUUUAGACAACUCACCUUGUACUACCGUUCACUGCAAGUCAAAGAAUAGAUUGCCAAAUAAGACUGCACUGAGUAUGGAUGCUAUCGACAACAUCGAACAUGACAGUGAACAUCCAUUGAUUAAAAUGACGCUGGGUAACGAAACCAGCAGUGAAGAGCCUUUGGAAAACGAUGAUAGCGAAUCGGAUUCGGAAAUGUCGAACGAUGGGGACUCUUCUAGUUCAGACUUGUCGGACACGUGUUUGAACAAGAACAAAGCUAUUAAUAACGUCAACAUCAAUGGUAACACCAACGGACCUGUUUUGAAUGGUUUGCCGAAGUUAGAGUUCGCUACAACAGAACCGUUGCUUCCAAUGUCAGCCCGUCUUCUGCGAACUUCUUUGGCCCCGGGCAUGACGGGAAAUCGUAUACCUGCCGGAAACGCCGUUGCCAGAUACCGCGGUCCUUCCAAUCUGAUCGCUUAUCAGGGUAAAAUACCGUCAGCUCCUACUUUGGCAGUGCGCAAAAAGAGAAAAAAUCUUCUUACAAAACUGCAUCUUAAAGAGGUUGUCAGAUGGCUCCACGAAGAGAUAGUUCUCUAUCGUCUUCUCGUGAGCGAAUCAUCUUUCGUUUUUGUCACGAGUCUCUAUUUCGUGUUGGAUGUUCCAUACGUGUUCUUCUACGACUUUGCAGUUGACAACUUACACAUUGAAGAAACAUCUGCAGCAUGGCUAACAUCGAUCAUCGGGGUGGCUAACCUUCUUUCAACAUGGAUUUGUGGAGUGAUAUCAGACGCAAACUGUGUUAAAUCGCGUUUAUUUACUGUUUACGGGAUUGCAAUGUGUGGUCUAACAGCGUGUAUGUGGAUAGUAACGAUGGUCUCUGAUACGCUAGGAAUGGCGUUGAUUUGUGCGUGUUUCGGCUUCUUUAUCUCGUCAAACUAUGUGCUUCAAUCAGUUAUGCUCACAACUAUGUGGGAGGAUAUGCGAAACUUUCAAAGUUCAUAUGCUUUAACUUCAUUUUGCGAAGGAAUAGCUACAUUGUUUGGACCUCCAGUUAUCGGCUAUGUACGUGAUCGUACCGGUUCUUACAAAUCAGUAUUCAUCGUAUCUGGUUUCCUGUGCCUCUCAAGUGCAAUCCUUUCGUUUGUUGUGCAAGUGAUCCUCAACAAAAGGAACGGGAAAACGCGUCUGUUAUGA